CAUAUAAAUGGUCCUGGGUAUCACUGCUCACUCAUGUAAUCCACUUGGGUAUUGAGGCAGCCAGGCAGAUGUGAAGGAGAGGAUAGAUGGACUCCUGCUUACAGAAGGAGAUCUUCAGUAUGAUGAAAUAGAAAGACAGAAGACACUUGCAAGCUGGGGCAGUGAAGCCAGGCCAGGACAGUGCUUGUGUCAGUAAAGACAACCAGAGUUGAAUUUUGCAGGUAUUCCUGGUACACAGCUACCAUGUGCAUGAUCUUACCUUCUGUUCAGCUCACCGACAACUGAAUUCAGUGAGAGUGCCAAAGCCUCAUGAACUUUGAGGGCACAUCAGGGCAACUUCCCAAUCAGUAGUGUAGGCAUUGGUUAUGAGGAAGUGCAUAGGAAAAGAAAAUAUCAUGGGCACUAAACCUCUAAAGUUGAUUGUUACUAUUCACCACAACAGAACUACCCUGGGUACCUCUGAGAGGAAAAGACGUGUGUCCCUGUGAAGAACUGAGAGAGAGUCACAAAACAUAAACUUCCUAUAAUAAACUCUUAUGUCCCUUGUGGAGGCUGCUGGCUGAGACAAUAGGUAACAGAUCCUGUGAAGGAGGAGCAACUACAGUGGACCCCCGCAUAACGAUUACCUCCGAAUGUGACCAAUUAUGAAUGUGGAGCAGAUUGUGUUAAACUUCAGAUGUCGUCACUGCCGGACAAAUUCAACAAGCAAGCCCUCAAUCGCCCCUACAUAUCAGAACAUGCAUGGGGAGAAACUUACGGCGAACACAAGAAGCACCUCGGGUUUACUCGUGACCAUUUAGAAGAGCUACAAGAAUAUGCCAAGCAGCUGGACAUCCCACUAACAGCCUCUGCUAUGGAUAUACCAACAUUGUAUGUGUUACAUGAGCUGCAAGUUCCUUUUAUAAAGGUGGGCUCAGGAGACGUACACAACCUGCCUUUACUUCGUACAGCUGCAGCUUGCAGUAAGCCUCUAGUUAUUUCAACAGGAAUGUCAGACAUAGCCUGGGUAUCUCAAGUCUACGAGGAACUCACUAUACUGAACGACCCACCAACACCCCUCGUCUUCCUGCAGUGCACAUCUGCCUAUCCUACACCCCCAGAACAAACCCACCUCAGAGUGUUAGAUACAUAUGCUCAGAUGUUUCCCCAUGCCCACAUUGGCUAUUCUGGACAUGAGUUAGGAAUCCAUGUUACUAUUGCAGCUGUGGCUCGCGGGGCCAGGGUGGUGGAGCGCCACAUGACUCUUAACCGGAAUUGGAAGGGGAGUGAUCAUUCGUGCUCGCUGGAACCACAUGAUUUAAGAGAAUUAAUUAGGGCAAUCAGAAGUGUGGAAGCUGCUCUUGGCAGUCCACUUAAAGCUUUUCAGCCAUGCGAGGAAGCUUGUUUUGCAAAACUUGGUAAGACGCUCGUAGCUGCACGUAAAAUUCAAGCAGGACAGAUGCUGGAGGAAGGAGACUUAGUGGCAAAAGUAGCAGAACCGCGGGGCAUUCCAGCUCAACGGCUAGAUUCUCUGAUUGGGGGAUAUCUCAAUAGAGAUGUGGAAGAAGAUGAAAGCAUUAUGGAAGCAGAUGUCUUGUGAAAAUUUUUUACGUAAGCCAUAAUGAUGUUUUUGUUAUGAAUGGCUGGAACGGAUUUAGCAUUAAAUGUGUUUUAAGAGCCUACAGGUAUGGAAUGAUUAAUGAUGUGUUAAGGCUAUAAAUCAUGAUAUGACAUAGUAUGUACUGUGAGCGUAUCAUUGAUUAAGGAUGUAUGCAAACCAUUAAUCAUGCUGUAACUUAGGAUGUGAUGUGCUGUGAGUGGAUCAGUGAUUGAAUUACCCAAGGACAGUGUGCAAGCUCUUUGUGUGUCCUAAAUAAAGUGUGUCAUUUCACCUUUUAAUGCUGCUAUGAAUGUGUGUUCUGAAUGUCUGGCACAAGUUUGAAGACAUAGUGCAGUAUACAAAUGAUAUGUUAGUAUGAAUGUGGUAUAAAUGUUAUGAAACCUUGACAGAUAAAACACGUGAGAGUAGUGGCAACACACUGCUGUGAAAGUCUCCGAAGAAUGAAGAGGACAAGACAAAUUAGCACAAUAAUAUUUGAUGUGAUUAAUUAUGCAUUGUAAGAGGCAGUGACGGAGACUAACAUGUUAUUUUUUUACCCCUGCUCCAUGUUGCAUGUCAGAAUAUUUGUUACCUUUGUUUUCAUUGCUGUAAUUGCACAUUAGUAUUUUUUAGAUUUGUAUGUACACCAUAUUGGAAUGUCAUUUAGGAUAUCUUGUGAUGAUAAUUUCAGUUUCACAGUUUCACGUACUGUAUGUUAUUACUGUAUACCUUGAAGCUGUCUCUGAAGAAUGUUAUAUAUUUUAGAAUUGAUAAUUGUUAGCAUGCAUCUUUGUUAAUAAGUAAUCUGCAACAGCUGCAUUUCAGAAAGUAAAUAUCAGAUUACAUUUCAGAUAUGUAAUUUCAGCAUUUAAGAAAUAAGUGUACCAAGUGAUUCCUGGUGUAAUUUCAUGUUGCUCAUUAUCUCAUAUAUUGUUUCCUCUUGUGUAGCAGGUUAGCUCAUCCUCGGUCUGGAAUUUCCACAGUCAAUGGCACAACUCAUUUUUCAAUUAAAAUUAUAUAAAAAGGCCUGAGGAGACUUAUCAGUGGCCUUAAAAAGGCAGCUUUUAUUAGCAUGCAUAAGCAGUAAUAGUGGUCCUCUGUGAUGUAAGUUUCCUCUCAAUUUAAUUCAUGAAGUAUAUCUUGGUCCUUAAGUUUCAAAUAAGUAUUUAAAAUAUCCUUAGAGGGUCUUUUGAGUGUUAUCCCAAUGGUUAUCAUGCACACACAUAUACACAGAGGCAAAAUUUAGAACUGGAUCUUAUUGUGUCAGUCUCAGACUUCAGUUUGUCUGAAGGAUAGUUAAACUUCAGUACAGUAAUUCUUGCUCAAGUCAGUGGGAAAUCUUGUCAAAACAUAUGGUAGCGAUGUCACUCUUGGUGAUGUCACUCUUAGUGGUAAUGUCACUCUUGGUAAUGAUGUCACUCUUGGUAGUGAUGUCACUCUUAGGGGUCAGGUCAUGCCUCAACAUGAGAGAGAGUUUAUUCAGGCAGCUCUUGCUGGUACCUUGUCUGGUGCAGUAGUUUAGAGGAAGGCAGGCCCACAGUGGCUCACCUCAGAACAGGCCCUACUAGUGAAGGCUAUGGGAAACAGGCCUAGGCGUUCAUGAUCCCGAAAUUUCUAUACCUGGAGAGGGUUUCGGGGGUCAAUGCCCCUGCAGCCCAGUCCCUAACCAAUAUUUUUUUUCCUUCAAAUUAGAAUACUUACCAUAAAAAUUACAUUUUAAGGCAUUAGCUGUAUGUUGAACAGAUGUAAGAGGAUAUUGAUAUUUUAGCUAAUACAUAUUUUCAGCAUUUCAUCUUAUAUUUUGGCUAAUACAUUAUCAGUAAGGCAAAAUAUGGUGCAAAUUGUAUUCAACUUGGUGAAUGUUUGAGAUGAGUGAUUUUUAGAAGUAAAUGUGCAUUUAUAAUAUGGUACAAUUAAUCCAUAAGCAUCAGGACUGGUCAUGCUAUUGUUACUUUACAUAAUGAGGAGCUUUCUGAAGAUGAAGCUACAUUUUCUAGCCAUUUUUUUUUCAUUUUCUAUGUAUAAAGUAAUUUUUUUAACACGCUGGCCGUCUCCCAUUGAGACUAUACUAUACAUUAUAAUACUGUACAGUGUAAAUACUGUACUCUGUACAGUAACUCAGAAAAGUAUGAUAAACUAUAUACAUUAAAAAGUAUAGUCAGCCUCCCCAAGUUUGUGAGUUACAUUCCUAGAGUCUCAUGAAUCGAGAAUCUGUGAAUCUUGUUUAAAAAUUGCUUUCAUUUUGUAUUCUGGAAGCUCUGUCUCUUAAUUAUUAGCUGUAAUUUGGUUUAUUUUGACAAAAAAAAAAGAAUGAGCAGAGAGAAAAGAGGUUUGAGUAUGGGUAAAUAUACUUUGAGUACAACUUGAGUGAAAUUCAGUGAUUAAUUUCUCAAUUUAAUAAUGAUGCGAGAAGCCCCAAAAAGUUGGCAAAAAAUGAGAGAACUCAAAUUUAUUUAUAGGUUGCCAUCAGUAUUUGUCAUAGUUCACAAUUUUUGCAGAAUAGACACCUCAUUAAUCUGAAUGGCUGACUGCAUUACUGAUUGCACAAGCAAUAGCCUUAUGGCAUGAUGCAUAGCAGGGAAUAGCUAGAGAUAGUAAUGGCAGUAUCAUAAACCUUCUCAGUAUUCAAACUAAUGAAUGUCUAUGAACUGGUAUAUUUGGCUUUAAUUUUACCAAUGAUUAUUUGGUUAUAUUAAUUUGAAGUUCCAAUGCAUGUGUUAAUUGGAAGUUCCAAUGCCUGUGUUCAUUGCAAGUUCCAAUGACUGUUAAUUGAGAGUUCCUAUGACUUUGUUAAUUAAAAGUUCCAGUGACUAUGUUAAUUGGAAUUUGUUAAUUGGAAGUUCCAGUGACUGUGUUAAUUGAAGUUCCAAUGACUGAUAAUUGGAAGGUCCAAUGACUGUUAAUUGGAAAUUCCAAUGACUGUUAAUUGGAAGUUCCAAUGACUGUUAAUUGGAAGUUCCAAUGACUGUUAAUUGGAAGUUCCAGUGACUUAAUUGGAAGUUCCAAUGACUGUUAAUUGGAAAUUUCAGUGACUGUAUAAUUGGAAGUCCAGUGACUGUGUUAAUUGGAAGUUCCAGUGACUGUGUUAAUUGGAAGUUCCAGUGACUGUUAAUUGGAAGUUCCAGUAACUGUUAAUUGGAAGUUCAAAUGACUGUGUUAAUUGGAAGUUCCAAUGACUGUGUUAAUUGGAAGUUCUAAUGACUGUUAAUUGGAAGUCCAGUGACUGUGUUAAUUGGAAAUUCCAGUGACUGUGUUAAUUUGAAGUUCCAGUGACUGUGUUAAUUGUAAGUUUUAUUUGUGUUACUCGUAGGCUUGUUUUUCAAAUUCAUUUUAUUAAGAUGAAGAUAAACCCAUCAACACCUACAGUUAUUCUUCGUACUUCUUUUUUCAGUUGACACUGUAUUCAUAGUAAUUAUGACUGUGCCAGUUUUCUAAAUAUCAGCUGUUACAGUUUGAUGUAGCUUAUGCAGUGGGUAAUAGCCUGUAACCUUAUUUAGGUUGCACUCCCUUACUAAGCCACUCCAUAGUAGUAGUAUUUUUAUUUAAAAGACAAAGCCUCCAAGUGGAGCAUUUUGGAUCACAUGUUAUCAGGAGGGACCCUGCCUUCUUAAUGAGCCAAAUGACAAUGCAGAUAGCAAUGUCAUUACCCUUAUGAAAAUAUUAUUAGAAACAUUAAUAAAAAGUCAAGGAUGUCAUGUAAAAUAUGAAGCUGGAAAGAGAAGAAUCCUUGUUAAUGAAGGAUAACAAAUUAACCAGUUUUGUGUUAUUGUUCGAAGAUGUUACACGUGUGAAGACCUACAGAAACAGAACGUCAUAUCUGAUGAUAGUUACUUAUGUAAUGGUAGUCAAUGAAACGUAGGUACAGCAUCAUGCAUCGUAACAGAAUAUAAAACCUAGAAAUAAUUUUUAACUUAAUUUUCGGUUUAUUUCAAUAGUGGUUGACAAAUAUAUUUUCUGAAUGUUGCAAAUUACAUAAAUAUAUAAUGUAGUGUAUUUUAGUAGAGGACUGUAUCCUAAAUACAGUACUUUACUGUUUUAUAACAUAUAGAAGGGCCAAACUUAUACAGCAGGUUAGGUUCCAGGCUACCACUGUAAAGUGAAUCAUAGUUUUCUUUCACUUUCAAAUCCAUAUGAAAGCCUGAUAGCACGUUUACACUAUCAUAUAUUAAGUGAGCAAUAGAGCUAGGCCAUAAGAUGCAGUAUAGGAGUGCCCCGCUUUACAGCAUUUCGUCAGUGCAACGGUUUUCAGUUAUAAUUAUUCUUCACUACUCACUAUAAGCUAAAAUUGAAAAUAUUUUCAAUAAGUAAUGCAUGUACUGUAUAUACAUUUUUUAGGCCUAACUCUGUUGCUCACUUAACACAUGAUAGUGUAAACAUGUUAUCAAGCUUUUAUGUGUACAGUGGACCCCGGUUUACGAUAUUAUUUCAUUCCAGACGUAUGUUCAGGUGCCAGUACUGACCGAAUUUGUUCCCAUAAGGAAUAUUGUGAAUUAGAUUAGUCCAUUUCAGACCCCCAAACAUACACAUACAAACGCACUUACAUAAAUACACUUACAUAAUUGGUCGCAUUGGGAGCUGAACAUAAAGCGGGGGUCCACUGUAUUUGAAUGUGAAAAAAAAGCUGUUUGACUUUACAGUGAAUUUUGGUUUAGAGCAGUAGCCCAGAACCCACCUGCUGUACAAGCAAGGUCCUCCUGUAUAUUAAAUUCAGAUUUAUAUUGAAUUAAUUUUUCUAACGAAGAUGGUAGUGUGAAUUUUAGAAAAUAUUUAAAUAUUUUUUUUAAAUUUGAAGCAAAGUUACUAAGUUAAUAUAUCAAAAUAUGGCUUAAUUUUGGUAUCCAGUAGCCCUGUCUGCUGUUAUGAAGAUAUUUAUUUUAUCUGUUCAUGUAAUAUUCACAACAGAAAAUUCUAAAUCUUUGCAAGAUCAGCAUUUUCAAAAUUUCAGAUCCUUAAAUAAUACAAAUCAUUUUGUUAUAUAUGUUUUUUUAAGGAAUAAAGAGAUACAUUUGCUCACUGUUUAGUACAACUUGGUGUAGUUCAGAAAAUUUAAGGGAUACAAAUAUCAUCAAAAUUAAAUAGUCAUACCCCGCCCUACAUCAUUAAUUGAUUCCUAGAGUUGUGACAUAAUCCGGUUUUUGACGUGAACUAGACAUAAUGCCCUAAAAAUACCUUAAAAUGACAACAAACACUGUAAAACUAUAACUAUUGCUAAACCUUAAAGAACACUAAAAGCACAUUUUAGUCAUAUUUUUAAAGAAUAAUGAACACAGUUAAAAAAAUUAUGACGUAGGUGACGUUGCUGAGUGAUGUAAAGUCGGAUGUAACAAUGUUCACUGAACUGAAAUUUACUUUAGAAAAGUGGUGUCAAGGCGAAUUUGAUGUAGACUGAAAUGACAUAAAGCGGGGUAUGACUGUACAGUAGCUGACCUUAUUUUUUUUUUUUUUUUUCAAUUUAAACAUCUCUACAUUUAACAACUUAUACAAUCUCUUGCUUCCUCUACAAAUUUUCAGCGAGAUGAUGGCCACAAGCAAGACGCUUUCCCAGUUUAUAAUUAUCUUACUAUCUCUCACACCUUUUAUGGAUAGACUGCAGAAACACAUGGCUUAUUUGUUGAAAAAUUAUAUACAGUACAGUAUGACCCUGAUUAAUGAUGUUUUGCACACUCAACAUUGUUUCUUGGAACUACUAUAGUUAAUUACGUGCAAAAAAGUGACUUGCAUUUUCAUUGGUGGGUCUAUUUACUAAGCUUAAUAUAAUCAAGAAACAGCCCUUCCAAUGAGCAAGACAGGAUCAACAUUCGAGGUAAAUAGUAUACUCAACGUAUUGUUAAAUAAUUUAGUUAUACAGUAUUAUUUUAUUGUUUAUUUAAUGUGAACACAUUGUAGAAAUAUUCAUUUGUUAAAGCAUAUUAAAGGUAAAAGACCGGGUGAAAAAUUAAUGUGGGAAAACACUAACCGAAAUUAAAUAUGGAAAAUUAGGGCUGAGGAAUGCAUUAAUCCAUUUGACAUUAUUUCUUAUGAGCUCUGAAUAUGAUUGGAAAUUGGAAAUUAUCCUUGUAUAGUGACCAUCAUCAUGUAGUAACCAUCAGAGAUGAUCAUUCUGUUGUAUUAUACUAUUCCCUUCAAGUAAACGUUCCCUAAAUAAUUUAUCCUUGGUGUUUUGCUUAAAUAUUAGAAUAUUUUCUGAGAGCAUAAUGCAGUAACCCAGUAGGUUCUUGAAAUUGCUUGCCCAUGGGACAUACAUUGUUAAAACAUCUCAAAAUAGUUUAACAUGCUGUGCAUACAAUACUACAAUACUGAAAUUUUAAUGUUGGCUGAGAGUUUUCUUUAAAAAAAAAAUGGUUUAAUGUGCAAUUAUUCAAAGAACAGUAAAUAUUUUUUCAAUAGCUUUAACCCCUGUGAUUUAUGAGAGUACUGCAUGGAUGUGUGCAGGGCCAUCUGAACCGUGAUGUUUGUGUGCUUCUGGUAAGACAGUCGUGGAAUGAUUAACAGUGAAGAUGUUUCCUUUUUUCUAUAUCUUACCUCAGUGGGAGACAACCAAUGUAUUAACAACAUACAUACAUACACACAUACAUAUGUGUAUAAAUGUAUCAGCUAAUUUUGCUGAAAAUAAUCAACAGUUUUGGAGAGAGGUAAGUUGAGAAAGUGUGGGAAGCAAAUGUAUUUGGUAGUCAAUGGGGCAUUGGACUUUCUGGCACAGUGGAGAGAAUAUUUUGAGUUUUUAAAUGUUGAUGAAAAAGGAGAUGAUGAUGUUAUACCUCCUUACCAACAGUAUAACAUUUUGUAGGAGUAAGGAAGAGCCAGGAGCGAGGAGGGAAGAGUAAGACGGAGUCAAGUAGUUGACAGUCUUAAUUAAACUGAUAUUCACUCUCAAGAUAUCUAACAAGUGGAUGUGCUAAAAUUAGUUCACAGGAAAUAAGAUAAUUUAUUUAAGUGGAUGAGGAUAAAAUUUCACUUAAAAUUGAACUAAAUUAAGAAUGUUAAUUAUGGCCCAGUUAACGAAGUGUCUGUGAUAAUAUACUCAAGAUAGAUCAAUCUGAAUGUGUAUGGUUUAACUGUAAACACUAAUGAGUGAUAUGCUUUCAUGAUAUUGUUGAAAUAUGACAAAAAUAUUUAACACAAUGCAGUUUAGCUGUAGAAAUAGAGACAUUGUUCUCUAUUACAUUAUUUGUAAACUAUGAACUCCUUUGGUGUUAUCCGUUACAAAAUAUUCAUGUGCUGUGAGGUUCAAGUGUUAACUAUUUUUAUGCUUCAGUCAGACCUGAUUAUCCCACUUCAAGUAUAGCAUAUCUGCCCCUUGUAUCAUCACCAGUGUCAAGUUGUUAUGCACCUCUAAUACAAAAUGGUGCUCUACUUGGUUAAUUCAUUUCCCAAAACCAACAGUUGUGUUUCAGAAUGUGGAGUCAUAACCACAGUCUGCCAUGGUGAGCCUUCACCAUUCUCUAAGAUGGCAUCACCUUUUGGCAUUAUCACUAUACUAAGAUGUUUUAAGAUAAUGCAUCACUCUGUUGAGUAAUCACUAUACUCCAGACUAAUAAAUCACAAUUAGCAGCCAGCAGUGCACUUUAGGUUAAUACAUAAAAUUAUGGGAUCAUAGAGGCACAGUACUUCAAAUUGCAACACUGCUCAGUAGAGUACUUAUUUGUACCCCACCUGUACUGUUGCAUAGUGGGGUCAUCAGUACACUUCGGGCUUGACCAUCAAUCAUAGAAUUACCAAUAAUUCAUGACCUCCGUACUCUUUUUGGCAAGAUGUAACCGAACUUUGUAUGUAGAUACCCUAUUACUAUAUUGUCACGAAACUAUAGGCACGCAAACAACACUACUGCAUCACCAAACUAUAAAGAUACAAACAAUAUUACUGUGUCAGUAGUGCACUACUGACAACUGCAUUCCCAAACUACAGGCAAGCAUACAAACAAUACCACUGCAUCACUAAACUACAAGCAUGUGCAUCCAUGCUUCUGUGUCACUGUGCUUCUGUAUCACCAAGCUACAGGCAAACACAAAUCAUACUACUCCAUCACCAUGCUACUUAACACCAAACUAAAAUAUUGCAGCCAUUUUUCACUUGCUGAAAAGCAACACAAUUUCUGAUACUGUAUAAUGUAGUUUGAUGAUGAAUGACCACCAAAUUCCCUCUCCCUCACGACGAGUAAUGCUCAAGAUUAUCACGCAGACUUACAAAGCUUCCUGCAGCCAACAUAUUUGUAAUUAUAUAGACUAUAUGCAUUUAAUUUUUACCUAAUCUUAUUGUUCAAUUAUUCAUUAAUGUAAUAUAUACCAUUAUGUUCACUAGUAAGGUUGUAACCGAUGUUUGCAGUAGAUUAAAAUAUUAUCUAAACUAAUUAUGACAAUUUUUGUUUACUAAAGCUUAAUGUCCCUUUUGUAGUGUCUUGGUGUUUUAAUAUUAAAAAGAAACUACAGUGGUGCUCAUCUGCAAGGCUAUGGGUAGGAUUUGAAGAGUUAUUCUAUGCAGGGGAGUCUUUAAACAAGGUACCAACAGUAUAUAAAAAUAAUGCAAAAUACUUAUAUUUAUAAUUAAAAUCAUGUUGCAGUGCUUCAUUCUUAUCCAGUCAUCAGUGAUUGAGAAAUUGCUGUUGAAUUUCUCAAGGAUGUCAAUGUACAGAGCUGUUUAUACGAGCUUUUAUGAUGUGAAAGAGGGACACAUGAAGAACUUGGAUGCAGUUUGUCACACACUUUAGAGAAGAGGUUACAUUAGAGCUUUUAACUUAAGUGCACUAGUUUUUUUUAAUAGUUUAAAUAUAGAUUAAUCAAUUUUAUUGAUCUACUUUUUGAAGUUCAGAAACAAAAAAAAAAAAAAAGUUUGGAGGAGAUUUCAGAUCCUUCCCAGUAUUGCUUGAACUUAGCAUCAGUCUUAGAAACGAUGGUCUCUCAGGGUUUGUUUUUUGUAUUGUUUUUCAAAUAUUGAUGUUUACCUUUUUAGGUGACUUUAUAGAUUGUAAAUAAAUCUACCACAUCUC